AUGGCGAUCAACACGAAUGCCAAGAAGCUGUGGGAGCUGGACCAUGAUGACGGAAAGGGACAGCAGAAGCUGUACAGUCCCUGGGCCUCCAGAGAUGACACCUGGGGGGCACCCUCCGCAGAAGCCAAUGCCCUGGGUGUGAACAUGGUGGAGUAUGUCUUGGGUGGGUCCCCCACUGGGAAGGACAUGGACUCCAGGCUGAGGCAUCUCAAGGGAUAUCCCCCGCACCAGCAGGACGUCCCCUCCCAGGUGAAGGAGAAGAAGAGUAAGACACCGUCCCCCUUUGAGGGCGAGAAACCCAACGAACUGAACUCCCAGGAUGUCCAGGCUAACGGCAUUCUGCAGAAUGGGUUAGAAGACAGGUCCCCAGGCAGCCGUCAAACGUCUCCCACAGAAGAAGCCGUCAAGCAGAACCUCCAGCAGCAGCAGCAACAGAUGCAUCAGUUACAGCCAGUGGCACCAGGUGGUGCUGGGGACUUCAUCCACCAGCCUGUCUUGGCCCAGAACUCCAUGCUGCAGCUGGAUGCGCCCCCUUUUGAGCCUGGUGGGAUUGAGCCGCUGCAGUUUGACUACUCCAACCAACUUCUUCCCUCCAUGGAUAGCCCCAACUUUAACAUGGAGUAUAAUCAGCAGCAAAUGAUGCGAGAGCAACAGCAGCAACAACAACAGCAGCAGCAGCAGCCAAUCCUGCUGGCUGGUGGACAGCAAUACGCUCUGGUAGGCACGCAGCAGCAGUUAGGCUUACCCACUGCAGGCACUUUCACACCGACCCCCUAUGUACUCAACGCCCAAGACCCCUACGCAGUUGGAAUUCCCAUUGCAACCGCAGGUGGACCAACGGUGAUCCCCCAGUAUUACGGUGUCCAGACCCCCUGGGGGGUGUACCCUGCCAGCGUCAUCCAGCAGGGACAGCAGCAGCAGCAACAGCCAGGAGUGCCCCCACAGCAACAGCAACAACAGCAGCUACUGCAGGGUCAGGGUGACCGCCCAAUGACACCCCAGCAGCAGCAGGCCCAGCAGGGGAGAGGGGAGGCCUUGGGGUCCCAGAACCCCACGGUGAUACAGCCCCAGAUUAUACAGGCCCCAGGUGGUUACCAAAUCCUGACUCCAGCCUACUAUGACCAGAAUGGGCAGCUGGUGAUGGGGAACCCACCCCGGGGUAUGCCUGGCACCCCUGUGAGACUGAUCUCCCCAGCUCCAGUAAUACUGAACUCUGGACAGCAGCAGGGGAACACCCUGCGUCUUCUGACCACACAGCAACAGCAACAGAUGCAAACUCCCCCCAUGAACAACUCCAACUCCCAGCAGCAGAACAACAUGGGUGGUUACACCACUCCAGUCAGCAGCAGUUUGUUCACUCCUAUCACCAGUAAUCUGGGGCUAACACCACAGCAGCAACAACAGCAGCAGAGUGGGGCCAGCUAUCAGAGCAAUAUGGGCUCUAUGGGCAACCUCGGGACAAUGGGCAGUACAGCAGGUGUGAUAGGGACUGGCUUGCCGAACUCUGGCCGUCGAGACUCGCUGACGGGAUCUCUGGAUUACAAGCGCCAGAUCCCGUCAAUGAGCCCCUUCUACAACACGGCUGGCCUGGGAGGGAUCAAUUCCCCCGCCGGCCCCAUGGGACUGGUACAACCAGCUCAGUCGCUGACACCGCCACCAUCAUUGUCUGGAUCAAACUCCAGUUUAGGACUUGGCCUAGGCAGCAGUGGCAGGCUGUACUCCCCAGCCCCAGGGGCCGAGGCCAAGCUGCGUAAUGGCAGCCUCGGCUCUGGGGGUCUCUUUGGCAACACCCUGUUCCCCAGCAGCAAGUCUGGGCUGCGUACAGCUAGUCUCUCCAAAGAAGUCACGGGGCGUAGCCGGCUGCUGGAGGACUUCAGGAACAACCGUAUCCCUAACCUCCAGCUGAAGGAUCUUCUGCAUCAUGUGGUGGAGUUCUCACAGGACCAGCAUGGGUCAAGGUUUAUCCAGCAGAAACUGGAGCGUGCCACGCCCGCAGAGAAAGCCAUGGUGUUCAACGAGAUUCUUACCGCAGCCUAUAGCCUGAUGACGGACGUGUUUGGCAACUACGUGAUACAGAAGUUCUUUGAGUUUGGAACCACGGAGCACAAGCAGACCCUUGCGCAACGUGUGCGCGGCCACGUGCUCCAGCUGGCCCUGCAGAUGUAUGGGUGUCGUGUGAUCCAGAAGGCGCUGGAGUCUAUACCCCCUGACAUGCAGGUGGAGAUCGUGAAGGAGCUAGACGGCCACGUGCUGAAGUGCGUCAAGGAUCAGAAUGGCAACCAUGUGGUGCAGAAGUGCAUUGAAUGCGUGGAGCCCAAGCACCUGCAAUUCAUCAUUGAUGCUUUCAAGGGCCAGGUGUUUGCUCUAUCCACCCAUCCUUAUGGCUGCCGCGUGAUCCAACGCAUUCUGGAGCACUGCGUCCCAGAACAGACGCACGGGAUCCUGGAGGAGCUGCACCAGCACACGGAGCGCCUCGUGCAGGACCAGUACGGUAACUACGUGAUACAGCACGUGCUGGAGCAUGGCAGCCCUGAGGACAAGAGUAAGAUUGUGAAUGAGCUACGUGGGAAGGUUCUGGUACUUAGCCAGCACAAGUUUGCCAGCAAUGUGGUGGAGAAGUGCGUAUCCCACUGCUCCAGGUCGGAGAGAGCCAUGAUGAUUGAUGAAGUCUGCAGCAUGCAGGACGGGGUGCACAGUGCCUUAUACACCAUGAUGAAGGAUCAGUUUGCCAACUACGUGGUUCAGAAGAUGAUCGACGUGGCGGAGCCGGCACAGCGCAAAAUUCUGAUGCACAAGAUCCGUCCUCAUGUGUCCACGCUGCGGAAGUACACCUACGGCAAGCACAUCUUGGCCAAACUGGAGAAGUAUUACAUGAAGAACAACUCCGACCUGGGACCCAUUGGAUUGCCGCCAAAUGGAGGGAUGUAAAAUGGAGAAACUAGCGUGAAGGUUUUGUUUCUUAUAUGAGGACGGCAUUGCACUAGAUGCGUGUGCCCCUUAAAUAAUUGAACUUGUGCAACCAGUGCUGGUAUUUUUUUUCUUCAAAUGUUUCUAAGUACGUGGCUAAAUCUUUUCCUAUAGACAUUUUGUUUUAACUUGGUAUGUAUACAAAUAUCUUGGUGUCGGCUUUUGUUUUGGUCAGGAGAAAUGCAGUUGAAAGUGUGCAAAUAUCGCUGCAAACUGUGCAUUUGUUUUUGCUCAUUUUAUUCAAUGGGUGUUUUAAUUAAUAUUUUUCUAUUUGUAAAUGAGAAAAGUUUUGUUUUAUGAAAUGACUGAGGUAACCUUACAAUAUGUACAUGAAGUGAUAGAUGUUGCAAAGGGCUUAGUAUUUUGCACUUUUUGAAAUGGAGCUUUUAAUUUUGUGCAGGUCUGUGGAUAUUUAGAGUUCUUUUUUUUUUCUUGGACGACUCUCUUUGUAAGCUUCUCUUGAUAUCUCAUUCAUAAUGUACAAUUACGAAUCACACAGCAACACUGGACAUGUACUCCUUGUAAAGAUGAUGAAAUCACUUGUAAAAUAUGUAAAAUUUUGUAUAUUAGUUGUAUAGUGUAUAGUAAGGAAUUUCAACAGUUCCUUUUUGUAUUCCUCUUUGCUUGAUCUUGUAAUUAGGUCAUGACCUUGACCUACAGUGACCUCUCUUGCACAAAAAUUGUUUUUUUAGGAAAGCGCAGAUCACUGACAGGGGAGCCAAACAAUUGGUAAAAAUUGUAUAGGAGAAGCUUUUUUGUUCUUGUUUUAAUUCAUAACUUUUAAUGUGCUUUCCCAUGGACUACUCUUUUUCUCACAGACAAUCUUGAAAAUUUGGGGUAACCAAAGCCCAUUGGGACUCUGCUUGCUUUUGCCCAUCACUUAUGACAGCUAAGGCACCAGCUCCUAUUGACCUUUUUUAUAUAGAUCACAAUAUACCUAUAUUCUUACUACAUGGUUUUGAAGAUAACGUUGAGAGUAGGAGAAAGUAAUUCAUCUGUUUUCUUUUAAAUUGCUAUGUAAGAAUUUUUUUACUGAUGGCUGUUUGAAGAUAACAAAAGCUAGCUCAGAAACACUUAGUAGUAUGGCUGUCAGCUUAAGUGGCAAAAACAGCAUACAUCACUUCAUUUAUAGAUGGUAAAUUCUAGUUACCUAAAUUGUGCCAGUCAUUUUUGAUAGUGAAAGCAAGUUUCUGUCACAUGAUCCCUCAGAGAAAUGUCUUGUUAUUCCAAGAGUUUGUACACAAUUUCCAUCUUGGGUCUUUUUAUUGUGGGUGAUUCACUUAAUUCCCGUUUCCAAAGAUCAAGAAAAUCCUACAUUGUAAGGGAGCCUCAGUCAUUUCUACUCAUAACUCUUCGGCUUUUAUUAAUAUUUUAUUUAUUUGUUUAUAUUUGUAAUUAACCAAGCUGCAUUGUAAAUGGGUAAAUAACUGGUAUAUAGCUGUAUAAAGGGAGUUUUUGGAGAUAUUUUUCAUACUAUUUGGGGGUCUGUAUAAAAAGAAGUAUAAAACUAACUACCAUGAAUAGGAAUUUACCAUGGCCACUGUGCAUAAUGUACAGGGCUUUGAAGGGUUCCUCUGUAUAAUCUGAAUAUAGUUACAUUGUAUCAAAUUGUAUAUGAGACUGUUACCUGCUCUAGGUUAGCAGCGUGGUUGAUGUUCUUAUUUGUAUCAUAUUGUAGCAGUGUGUGAUUUCUAGGCUUGUGGUUAAUACUUUUAUAUACGAAUAUAUGUUGGGGUGUUGAACAAUGUGAAAAAAAAAAUGCUUCAGAAAAAAGUGGUCAAGCUAUAUUUAGGCUGUCCGAAUUAUACUGAGUUGGUCACUUUUGGCAGCCAGUUUGGAAGUAGUAGGUAGAGAGAUAUUUUUCCCAUUUGGUGAAAUUGUAGGCUCACAUUAUAUGAUAUUAUAUUGGUGUAUUUAUUAGUCCUAUUUCAAUAAAACAUCUAACUGCUUUGCAAAGAGAUGUGUUAUAAUGAAUAGUUAUAGGUAUUAAUUUUGGAAAGUUGAGUGAUUUUUCAUUAUUGUUCAGUGUGUGUAGCAUUUAUACAUAUAAAAUAUAAAACACUGGUGUGUGGUGUUUUUACCAGGGGAAUGCUUUGUUUUCCAUGAGUGAAUUAAUUGAAUAUCACUGCCUUAGGCAGAUCAUUGUAAUGUGAAUGCUAUUAUAUAAAAUCUGUAAAGAUGUAAUAAUAUUAAAAUAAUGAUAAUUUCAUAAAUACAUAAUGUAUGUAUGUAUGAGGCAUUGUAAAGAAUUCACGUAGCUUGGCUAGUAAAAUUGGUAGUCGGGCAAAUUUGUAUAUAUAGAGACAUAAAGGGAGAUGCAAUGUCGAACCUGUUUUCACCUUAAAUUUUGGAUUAAGGCGCAUUGGACGUAUUGCUUUUCUCUUUUGAAACUUUUUGCAAAUUGCACUACAAAUUGAGCUAUAUGUAUAUUAGAUAAGAUAUGUUAUUUUACCUUUGAAGAAAAUGUCUGUAGAAUUAAUCAUCAUUACGUCCUGUUGCAUGUGGUUUGGCAGAAUUUAACAAUUUUUUUCUCACAUGUGGUCCUGUUUUUACUGGCCAUACUGUUAGGUGCAGGUAAAGAGCUGUUAUAGAGAAAGAAAGCAUGGCUGGCAACUUUUGUUUUGUGUAUGAUAUGCUUAAUAUGUAUUUCACCACAAUUUGUACACUUCACUCUUGUAUCCAUUGAAGCUUCAAUGUUGAUUGUACUAUAUGUAUUAUGAUGACGAUUGUACUUGUAUGUAUAUUAUGUAUAACCAGGUUACUGGCAUCAACUCGCAGGGGGGCCUGGCAACAGAUGGCGCUGGUCACACUUCACCCAAUCAGCUCAGCUUUUCUUUCCGAAUGAUCUUAAUAUAUAGUUCAUGGAAACUUCGGUUCAGUAGUGGUAAUAGAACCUUAGUGAAUGCUCAGAGAUUUCAGUGGUUGAGUAAAAUGGCCACCAGAUGGCAUCUUUCCUCCAGUAGGUGUCGCCCUUUUCAAGAAAAGCCGAAUCCAGUGUGCCACCCUGACCUCCCUGGCUCAUCUCCUUCCAUUUGUCUGUAUAGAGAGGCCAGAGCUGUACAAAUGUGUAGAAACCUUGUGUAUAAAGGGGCAGCAGGUGCCCCCACCCUGGCUGCCUGCCGUCCAUGUGAAUGUGUGAAUAUCUUGUAAAGAACAAAUAAUUUGACUGUAUAGUGUAAAGUUGCAACCUUGAUCUCUGGUCAUUUACAAUAGGGGGAGCUCACGCAGGAAAGAUGGGGUGGCACAGCCUCGGUGUAAUGUUUUUUCUUUUUCAUUGGGAGAUAUCAUGGGAGCUUGUGUUAUAUUGGAAAUGGAUAGCUGGGGAUGAUUGGGGAGAGACCUUGUGAAAAUGGAAAGGGAGAGAUGGGAUUGUGAUUGGUGUGGAAUGCUCUCAAAAUCUUGAUUUUGAGGAAAUAUUUUUGAACGUAAACUUGGUCCGAGGAAAUUAUUCCAAGGGUUUCAUGGCAAUGCUGUACUAUGAUUGCCCAUACUAAGGGCAUGAUGUUUGCAUUUACUUGGAGGAAAAAAGUCAAGAUCUUGUGAAGUAUGUCAGUCCCUCUCUUCCCCAUUUCAGAUGUUGAGAAACAAAGGACCCAAUCAUAAUCUUGUUACAUGCAAAUCAAGCAUUAUACAAGGUAUACAAUGCACGAGUCUUCAGUGCUUAACAUCACCAUUGGCCAGCAAGGUACCUGUUACAUAAACUUGCUAACCAGAGGUCUAUCCCUAAGUUAUCCCUAGGGGAGGCUACCCCUGUUUGUUGAUGCCAGUGACUACAAGCUGUAUGUAAAUGUAGCAUGUUGUAGGAAAAAAGAUCCGAAGUACUGUAGAUUUUUUGUUGAAGAACUCUGUAUAUGGUGUACAAAGCUCAUCAGACCCUACCCUCUUACUGGAUGAAUAAAAAUGGGAACGGGCACUAUUAUAAACAUUGAAGAAUGGUCCAUUGUAUAAUUAUUGCAUUCUGCCCUUUCAAUGUUUUGCUAGUAUAAAAUAAUCUUUCAAAGCAUCAGA